GUUUAUUCCAUCAUGACUGUUACCACUACAAAUCCUACAGAAGUCAAUUCACAUCCUGUAUUCAAGAAUGCUGAUGAGCAACACAACUGGGUGCUCAUGCAAGGCGCAAAGUCGUCUGUGUUGUGGGGCUCUCUCGGCGGUAUAGCUCAUAUGCUAGCACAACGAACUCUUCAGCCAUAUCAACGUCUAUCGCUGCCCUUCAAGUCCUUUCUUCUCAUAGCUGUUCCCAUGGCCGCAUUCUUCACAACUACUGAUCGAGCGGCUAUGGAAGCUGAUCGUAUUCGAGCACAACGGUAUUCGAUCACUCGAGAAGAUGAGCUGAAUGUGCGUGAAGUCAGUCCUAUUACUGAUACUAGUUCUACCAAUGACAAACUCAAGCACUAUUUGGUUCAAAACAAGUACUCUGUUCUUGGCUACACAUGGCUGGGUGUAGUAGGAUUGUCUCUUGCGUACAACUUUACCAGACCCAAUACUGCCAUGUCACAGAAGCUCAUCAACUCUCGUAUGGUUGCACAAUCGGCAGUGCUACUUGGUUUCGCAGGGCUCGCUGCAUUGUCUACUACAGCUACUCCCACUGUUACUGUUGAUCCUCAUUAUGAGCGUAUAAUGCAUCAGGAGCAAUCCACCAAAUCUCAUUGAUUUUUUAUUUCGCCAAACUUGAUUCUAUUGGCGACUAUUUUAUUCUUACAGUUGCAUUCAUGUAAAACGGAAUACUUUUUUGUAUCUUGUAUUGGCUGCUUUUUGUUUCAGAAUAAAUCAUGGUUAAAUACUCGU